UCCAAAUCAGCCGGCCGUUGGGUCUGAUAUACCCACUACCAUCCGCGAGCGACUUCGGGAGCUUUGCGCUCGUGCGGGUUGGAAAGCUCCCGUCGGUGUGUCGUUACUCCAGUCAUUUUUAGAGACGUCGGUUGCAGCAGCCAUGACGCAUUCUGCUGUGUCCCAUGGCACAGACGAUGCUGGGGCUGGCCCAUCGUCCACGGGCACCGAUCUCGGUCGUGCCCAUAUACCACCACCCUUCAAGUCCGAUGCCUCCGCUACCUAUGAUGUAUAUCCUACCGCGACGGACGGUAGCACCGACGAAGACUCGGAACCCGCAACAACAGCAAACCAUCCCACCAACAAACAGCAAAGCCUGCUCGCCUACCUGACCACCCGAGAAUUCUACAUCACCCUUCUCCUCGGUCAAAUCCUCGCCAUCACCAAUACAGCCUGCAGCACCUUCAGCACCCUCCUCGCCGACCGCGGCGUCUCCCUCCCGGCCACGCAGACCUUCUUCAACUACCUCCUGCUGACCGUGAUCUUCACCACCUACACAAUCCACCGCCACGGCCUCCAUGGCUGGACCCGGAGUUUUCGGACUCGUGGUUGGAAAUACCUCCUCCUCUCCCUCUUCGACGUGGAAGGCAACUACUUCCUCGUGCUCGCCUACCGCAACACGACCCUCCUCAGCGCCCAACUAAUCAACUUCUGGGCCAUCGCCAUCGUAGUGCUAAUCUCCUCCACCAUCCUCGGCGUGCACUACCAGCGACCGCAACUCGUCGGGAUCUGCAUCUGCAUCACCGGGAUGCUCCUCCUCCUGCUCACCGACCGCACCCCGACCACCCCUUCUGCCCGGAACAAACUCCUCGGCGACCUCUCCGCCCUCGCCGGCGCCACCAGCUACGGCCUGGCCAACGUCCUCGAAGAGGUGCUGGUGACCACCGCCCCGAUUUAUGAAGUGCUGAGCCAGAUGGCGUUCUCGGGGAGCUGCAUCACCGCGCUGCAGGCCGUGGCGCUGGGGGAGCUGGCCACUCUGGGUAGUGUAACCGUACUGGAUGGGCGGGUCCUCGGACCCUGGGCCGCGUAUACGCUCUGCCUCGCCGGGUUCUAUUGUCUGGUGCCGCUGCUGCUGCGGCGCGCGUCCGCCGCGUUCUUCAACCUCUCCAUGCUGACUAUGAACUGCUGGGGCGUCGUGGUCGGCGUGCUGGUCUUUCGGUACCCCGUGGUGGGAUGGGGGUAUCCCGUGGCAUUCGGGUUGAUUGUUGCCGGCCAGGGGGUGUACUUUCUCGGGGCCGGGGAGGGAGCCACAAGUGGUGUGGUCGGGGGCAAGAAGCCGUGGGUGAGAUCCCGCGCUGGGUCUGGUGGUGGAAGCGGGCUGAGGAAAACACGAUCGGAGGCUUCGGAGGAGGAUCCGUUGCUGUUGCGCCGGGAACAACAGGAGGAAGUUUCGGUGGUGUGAGGAUGGGUCGAGGUAGGUUCGGAGUCGGGGUUCUGGGCGCUGGGAUAGCCUGGCUGCUUGAGUGAGAUGUCUCAGGACGGGACUGGGGGGAGGGUUAUACGUAUAUAUGACUGGACGACCGCGACGAGCUUUUUGAUUAUAUAGAUGACGAUAUGCGAGCAUGAUAGACUAGAUUAUGAG